UGAGUGAGUGAGUGAGUGAGUGAGUGAGUGAGGUCAGGUUAACGAUGGGUCAUUCAGCGUUUUAUCACCUGCAGCAACACAAAGCAGAUAUUAUCCAGAAGAAGAAGAACGCCGUUUAAGAGUCAAUAAAAUGUCAGCGAUCAAUGAGCGUUACAGAUUUUAUCAGGUCAAAAGUUUGACCAACGAUCUUCCACGUUUUUCAGAAUCUUUAAUUUGAAUUAAUUUUUAAAUGGCGUCUGGCAUCACGUUUAUUUUAUUGAUUUAUUAUUUUUUAUUAUUUUAUUUGAAGCUGAGAGAGAAACGUGAAGACGUCACGACUUUAAACUACAGGAAGUGAUGUAAUAAUGUGCCGCCAUCGGUGAGGUCAUCAUUAAUUAUGUCUUGAUCCAUCUCUUCAUGUUUUCCAGGUGUCAAGUGGACCACGCCACAAUGAGUCUGAGCGCCGUAGACCUUAACGAGCUCAUGGAGCUGUGGGAGGAGCUAAACCUGACCGCCGCCGACCACUACAACCUGUCCCAUGUGGAGACGCUGCAGUGUUCGGGCGCAGUCAGCCACGCCGCCUUCCUCCACGUCCUCUCCGUCCUGUACAUCUUCAUCUUCUUGGUGGGCCUCGCCGCCAACGCCCUGGUGGUCUGGGUCAACCUGCGCUGCGACAAGAGGCGCUACGAGACGCACCUGUACGUCCUGAACCUAUCCGUGGCUGACCUGUGCGCUGUGGCCACGCUGCCCGUGUGGGUGACCUCGCUGCUGCAGGGCGGUCGCUGGCCGUUUGGGGAGGCGGUCUGUAAACUGACCCACCUGGUCUUCAGCAUCAACCUCUUCAGCAGCAUCUUCUUCCUCACCUGCAUGAGCGUGGACCGCUACCUGUCCGUCACGCUGUUGGCCGACACCUCCGACAGCCGAAGGAAGAAAGUGGUGCGGCGCCUGAUCUGCGUCCUGGUUUGGCUGCUGGCGCUGGCGGCCUCCGUCCCCGACACCUACUUUCUGCAGGUGGUCAAGUCUUCGCACUAUGACGGCGCCGCAGUCUGUCGUCCGGUGUACCCGUCCAGCAACCCUCGGGAAUGGAUGGUGGGCAUCCAGCUGAGCUCCAUCGUGCUCGGCUUCGCCAUCCCGUUCCCAGUCAUCGCCGUCUUCUACCUUCUCCUAGCGGCGGCGAUCCCUCCCGGCUCGGACCAGGAGCGCCGCGUCAGCCGGUGGAUCAUCCUCGCCUACAUCGUGGUGUUCCUGGCCUGCUGGCUGCCGUUCCACGCCGUUCUCCUGCUGGACACGGUGUCGCUGCUCGGCGUACUGCCCUUCAGCUGCAGGCUGGAGAACUUUCUGGACGUGGCGCUGCACCUGACCCAGUGCUUCUCGCUACUGCACUGCUGCAUCAACCCGGUUCUGUACAACCUCCUCAACAGGAACUACCGCUACGACCUCAUGAAGGCCUUCAUCUUCAAGUACUCCACAAAGACCGGGCUCGCCAGGCUCAUCGACGGCUCGCAGGCCUCCGAGACAGAGUACUCGGGGGUGACGAUGGACAACAGCGUCCCGGUGUGAACAGGUAGUCCACUUCAGCCUCCCUCGCAUUCCUCAAAGCGCUCGGGGGUGGGAACUGACAACAGCGUUCUUCAGACUUGGAAACACUUCUUAGAACUUGUUGUACCUGGUCCCAGCUUGGACCGUCAGCUGGACCAGGAGGACCCCAGCUGAUGCUCCGACACACUGAAGACACUUCUUAGUACUUGUUGUACCUGGUCCCAGCUUGGACCAGCAGGACCCCAGCUGAUGGUCUGAACAUCCUGAUAAAAACUUCAGGACUUAUGAAUGAGUCUUCGGACUGACAAAGACUCGAGCUUUAUGUCCCCAAAACUACUGAGAGGACCACGUUUGGCUCGGAGUCCAACUGAAACUGAACCGUGGAUAUCAGUCCCAGACAGAAACAGGUCAAAAGUCAGAGUACUUAAGUACAAAUGUAUCAUACUUGUACUUCAGUAUUUGCAUGUUGUCAUGUAUCUGAAGUUGCUCUUCAGACGAAACAUUUAAACGUUUAUAAAUAAAUGAUAAAAUGUGUUUCCCUGUUAAACUGUGUUCAAACUGCUCGCUGACAUAAUGAGAUAUUAUUGAUCACAUUAACUUUUAGACUUUCACGAUCAGUUUACCUUGUGUUGGUCCUCCUCACAGUCAGAGCCACCACAGAAGAAGAAAACACGGCGCUGCAGACGCACUGAAGAAGAACACAAGUGUGUGAAACUUUAUAUUCUGUGAAUAUAUUUCAUCUGCUGACUUUACUCUUUAAAAAUCAAACUCCAAGAACGAGUCGACACACGAAGAACAACUGAAGUCUCAGCAGAAACUUUAUUCUGGAGCCUUGAAACCGUUUGAAUCAGCCUGAAGUUUAACUGUGAGAUAAAAUAAAUAAAUUUUAAAAGAAAGAGAUACUCAGACCAAACUCUGUGCAAAAAAAGAGGAAUUUUAGGUCCAAUUUUCACUUUUCGGUUGUUGAAAACUUGAUUUAACAGUAGCACGUCUUCAAGGAUUCCUUGAAUGUCUUCAAGGACCUUUGGAAACCUCUUCAAGGAAAUAAUAACAUUUUUACUUAACUUUUCUUCAUGUUUUGUGGCUCCAAUGUUUAUGAUAAAAUAAAAUGUGUGUGUGUAUAUAUCACAUGUUAGCGUGAAUGUAAACGUGUACAUUUGAGUGUAAAAUAAAGAAACGUAAGCCAGA